AUGUCGGAGGUGCGGCUGAGCCCCCGCGGGGAGUCGGGCGAGGGGGCGCCGCUGGCCUUCGCCUGCCGCCUGCAGGAGACCAGCAGCUUCGGGGCGGGGGGCGGCGGCAAGCGAGCCCCCAAGCUGGCCCAGAUCGGCCGCAGCAAGUGCGUCGUUAUUGAGGAUGAUCGAAUUGACGACGUACUGAAAAACAUGUCAGAAAAGCCACCUCCAGGGGUCUAAAAAUAUGUGCAUGUACAUAUAU